GUGGAGUACUUGGGACACAUAAUAUCAGCAGAAGGAGUUCAGGCUGACCCCAAGAAGAUAGAAUGCAUGGAAAACUGGCCCAACCCAACUAAUAUCAAGCAACUGAGGGGAUUUCUGGGGUUGACAGACUACUACAGAAGAUUUGCCAAAGGAUAUGGAGCCAUAGCAAGGCCUUUGACUGACCUGCUGAAGAAGGACAAUUUCCACUGGAGUGAGGACUUAGAACAGGCUUUCCAGAAGCUGAAGAGAGCCAUGUGCAGCACCCCUGUUUUAGUAGUACCUGACUUCACCCAGUCAUUCAUUGUUGAGACAGAUGCAUGUUACACUGGCAUAGGGGCUGUACUCAUGCAAAACAGGAGACCUAUUUCCUACCUCGGUUAG